AGAGUGUGUUCUUCUUCUUCUUCUUCAUCAUUUCCUUUCCCCCUCUGCUUUUCCAAACUCUCUCUCUUCUCUCUCUCAUGGCGGAAGAACCCAUCAGGCAUCUCAAGACUACAAUCAUUAAAGCUUCCAUCCACUGCCAAGGCUGCAAAAGAAAAGUCCACAAAAUUCUCUCUCAAAUUCAAGGAGUGGAGCAUGUAGACAUCGACGCACAGCAACACAAAGUAACGGUGAAGGGCAACGUCGACGCCGACGCCUUGAUCAAAAAACUGAUCAAAUCCGGCAAAAACGCACAGCUAUGGCCCCAAGAAGAAAUUAUUCCUAAAAUUGAAAAGAAGAAAGAGAUGAAAACAGAAGAAAAACUUGACGCCGUAGAAAUGCCUCCCGCUUCUGCUAAUAAAGGUAAAACCACCGAAACCCCUGCUCCGGUCAAAGCAGGUGACGGCGGAGGAGUGGAUGUCAAAAAAACAAGCGCCGGCGCCGACGUAAAGAAGUCAGAGGAGGAGGAGGAGAAGAGCGAGGAGAACUGCUCGGCCGCGCCGGAGAAGAAGGAGGCGGUGGAGAAAAGCGACGGCGGCGGAAAAGGUAAAGGUGCGCCUUCUGCGAAGAAGAAGAAGAAGAAGAAGAGAGUGCAAAUUGACGGAGGAUUAGAGGAUCCGCUGCCAGCGAGCAAUGAGAGUGCUACUCCGUGUCAUAAUCAAUUUCCUCCGGCGGCGGCGGUGAGCUACAAUACGGCGUAUCCUAGUAGCAGCUACACGGCGUCGUACUACAGUGCGCCUCCACCGCAUGCGCACGCGUAUAUGCACCAGAUGGAGCCGCCGCCGUUGGAUUCUGAGUCGAAUCAACGGCAGCCGUUGGAUUCUUUUGAAAUGUUUAGUGAUGAAAACCCAAAUGGAUGCUUUAUUAUGUGACUGAGGUUUGACCUGUGUAGUAUGUAUAAGACUCUUUUGACUUUGUAAUAUGCAAUGUAGAAUUAUUUUGCUUUCUUUGUUA